CCUCACGCGGUGUUUUAGGUUGGCAGCGAAACGAUAGGGGUGAUGGGAGGAAGCAGCGGUAGCGGCACUUGAUGUACGAGUAGAUUCGUAUCGCCGUCGGCAUGGGAUCGAAUUCUUCACCUCCAGGUACUCUGCCACCAAAACCAUGGGAACUAGCAGGGACUACAUCUGGUCCUGCACCGUUCAAGCCCCCAUCGUCUGGUAGUACUAGUGAUGUUGUGGAAGCAUCUGGUACUGCAAAGCCAGGUGAAAUUGUUCCAACCGCCGACAGGAAUGUAACUGCCAACACAACUACCCUUGCAAGGCCUGUUCCUCCGAGGCCCUGGCAGAAUUAUGGAACUAGUUAUGGAGGUUAUGGUUCAAACAUGUAUAAUUCAGGCUAUGGUUCAGGCAUGUACGGGGGUCUUGGAGGGUCAUACGGUGGUGGCUUGUAUGGUAAUAAUAUGUACUCAGGGUACAGUGGUGGCUUUCAUGGAGGUUCUGGAAUGUAUGGGGGUAGCAUGUACAAUAGUGGCCUUGGUGGCCCCAUGGGUGGUUAUGGGAUGGGCAUGGGAGGCCCGUAUGGUAAUCAAGAUCCAAAUAAUCCAUAUGGUCCUCCAUCAUCGCCACCGGGCUUCUGGAUGUCCUUUCUCCGGGUGAUGCAAGGUGUGGUGAAUUUCUUUGGUCGAAUCUCUAUUCUUAUCGAUCAGAACACCCAGGCUUUUCACAUGUUCAUGACUGCUCUCCUCCAGCUUUUUGAUCGUUCGGGAAUGCUAUAUGGUGAGCUUGCAAGAUUUGUUCUAAGGAUACUGGGCAUCCGGACAAGGUCUAGGAAACAGCAGCAGCUCGGACCUGGCGAACUCCCUUCUCCUGCAGGGCAGCAGUACCUCGAGGGACCGAAAGCUCCAUCCGGGGCAUGGGACAGUGUUUGGGGCAACGAUGUCAAAGGGAUCUGAUUAAGACCAAUCCAAAUUCAUCAAGUCAAGAAUAUGGAAAACCAAAUAACGGACACAAGAAUAUGCCCAACAUGAUCACAUUAGCUCUGUUAAAGAGCACGUUCUUAUUAUCUUCAUGUGGGUAAUGGGCAGUGGCUAUGUCUCACUCUCUCUAGUCUGUGGCAUAUAAGGUGUGUCUAAGCAUCGAUAAGUUGUUCUAUAAUGAAGGAAACCGAUGGAUGAUUCCGGAUUUAUAUGGUGUAGAUGAUGUCAAGUUUGAUAUGUUUUCCCUAUGUAAAAGUUGGUGCAGCAUCAGAGUUGUCAAUUUUUGUUGGAUACUCCA